AUGAACAGGUCAUCUGCCAAUGUGACGGUGGUUUUACAAUAUCGAGACUCCUUGUCUAAAGCUGUGAUCAAGAAUGUGAUUGUUGUGGUUCUCGGGAUCUUCAUCAACUACAUCAAUGCAAGCCUCAUUCACACCUUCUGCAAACACCAGAUCUUCUACAUGAAUCCACGCUACAUCCUUUUUAUUCACCUGGUGGUCAACGACAUGCUCCAAGUGACGCUGACCGUCAUCCUGUUUGUCAUCAGUUACACCAUCUACACAAUUAAUGUCUCCCUGUGUUGCAUCUUCAUCCUGUUUGCUCUUUUCACCACUGAAAACACCCCGCUGAACCUGGCUUGCAUGGCGGUGGAGUGCUACAUUGCCAUCUGCAUCCCCCUUCGCCACGUGCAAAUCUGUACUGUCAGGAGAACUUUAAUGCUGAUUGGUUUAAUCUGGAAAACAAGCAUGUUGUCUGUUCUUUCUGAUCUGUUCAUCACUUUGGCCACAGAGCCACUGGACUUCUUUCAUUCCAAAGUAUUCUGCAUCAGACAAACUGUCUUUCCAAAUCCCAUCAUCAUCAAAAAAAGAGAUAUCACAUAUUCUGUGUUUCUAGUUCUAGUUUGGAUCACUAUCUUUUACACUUACUUCAGAAUUCUGUUCACUGCAAAAACAGCGAGCAAACAUGCUAAAAAAGCCAGAAAUACAAUCCUCCUCCACGGGUUUCAGGUGCUCUUGUGUAUGACAACAUAUGCAGCCCCCCAGCUUUUAACUGUUCUGCAGCAAUGGUUUCCUAAGAAUUACACAGACUCUCUGUUUGCUUGCUAUGUUAUUGUACAGAUCCUGCCACGAUCCAUUAGUCCAAUCAUCUAUGGGGUACGAGACAAUACUUUCAGGAAGUACUUGAAAAAGUAUCUUUGUAUAGUCAGCACACUGUAA